CCCACCGCCUUGGCCUACUGGCGGAAGAGGAAGUGGGGGGGCAGGCGGCGGUGGGGAAAAUGGCGUACCAGAGCCUCCGGCUAGAGUACCUGCAAAUCCCACCGGUCAGCCGCGCCUACACUACCGCCUGCGUCCUCACCACGGCUGCUGUGCAGUUGGAAUUGAUCACACCCUUUCAGUUGUACUUCAAUCCUGAAUUAAUCUUUAAACACUUUCAAAUAUGGAGGCUAAUCACCAAUUUCUUAUUUUUUGGGCCAGUUGGAUUCAAUUUUUUAUUUAACAUGAUUUUUCUAUAUCGUUACUGUCGAAUGCUAGAAGAAGGCUCUUUCCGAGGUCGGACAGCAGACUUUGUAUUUAUGUUCCUUUUUGGUGGAUUCUUAAUGACUCUUUUUGGUUUGUUUGUGAGCUUGGUUUUCUUGGGCCAGGCCUUUACGAUAAUGCUCGUCUACGUGUGGAGCCGAAGGAACCCAUAUGUCCGCAUGAACUUCUUUGGCCUUCUCAACUUCCAGGCCCCCUUUCUGCCCUGGGUGCUCAUGGGGUUUUCCUUAUUGUUGGGGAACUCAAUCAUUGUGGACCUCUUGGGUAUUGCAGUUGGACACAUAUAUUUUUUCUUGGAAGAUGUGUUUCCUACUCAGCCUGGUGGAAUAAGAAUUCUGAAAACACCAUCUAUUUUGAAAGCUAUUUUUGAUACACCAGAUGAGGAUCCAAAUUACAAUCCACUACCUGAAGAGCGGCCAGGAGGCUUUGCCUGGGGUGAGGGCCAGCGCCUCGGAGGUUAAAGCAGCAGUGCCAAUAAUGAGACCCCACUGGGAAGGACUCCAUGAAAUACCCAUUGGGAUUCAUUUAUCCUUUGUUGCAAAAGUGUGGACACUUUUGAUGGCUUGACAGAUUUUAACUCCAGAAGCACUUUAUGAAAUGGUACACUGACUAAUCCAGAAGACAUUUCCAGCAGUUUGUCAGUGGUUCCUCACUACACUGGUACUAAAGUGUAAUCUCUUGGAGCCAAAAACAUGGAAAGACAAAUAUCCUGCCGCCUCUAGCAAGUACACAAGUACUUGCAAUCUACGGUGUAAGGCAGGGCUUUUUCCUCCUCUUUUUUUGAUAGAUGAGGCCAUGGUGUAAAUGGAAGUUUCGGAGAGGACAAAAUAAAACAAUUCCAUCUCUCUCUCAUUGUA